AGAGAGAAAAAAAAAAAGUUAUGGAAAGAAGCCUAAACGGAGCUGUUGUACACUGCACGCUGCUGUGUGGCUUUCACACGGCAACAAAAUCACCACCGCGUUCACACGGAAGCAGCGCAGAGCGCGCGACUCCACGCAAGUCGUGAAGAAAACGGAGAAGAAGAACCCGGUUCAGAAGGCAAAAAGACGAGAGACACACUCAGAGACACAGAGACACAGAGAGGGACACAGAGCCAGGUAUGUUUUUCCGUUUCCAAGGAUUGAUGUCAGCGCUGAGGAGGGAAGGAAAGGAGGACAGGUGCGCUGCAGAGUGAACUUAGGUCUCCCAGCAGCAGCUUCACGACACGGAGUGGACACACGGAGACACUCCGCAGAUUUGGAAACCCGCUUUCCAAGUUAUUCAACUAUUUGUUUAUACUUGUUUUCUGUGAAGCGGUAAAAACUUGCAUCUUCUUUUCCUUUUGACGCCGAAGUGGAACAUAUUUCACUGCAGCCUUCACGCGACCCUUUGCUGCCUCGUAAUGUUGACAUUUUGACGACGUGGAGUAAGCCGUGAGACCCACUCGUGUAUGUGUGUGUGAGAGAGACGCGCCAGCAUCAGAACCAGCACUUUUCGCUUCAAUGCGACACUGACGCAGCUGAUCUGGCAUCAUCGCAGACAAACAGGUGAUGAUCGAGUGAUUCAGUGGAAGUAUCGAUCGUCGAUCGAGGGACUUUGAUUAGAAAUAUUCAUAAAAAAAGUGACUCUUCUCAAGCUGGAAUGGAAUACAACACAAGAAAACGCCCCCAACUUCUGUAAUCUGCAAUGAUUUUUUCCCCGUGCGUCAUUGCGUCUUAGGAUCAGAUUGCGCUGAAGGACGACCGGUCUUGGGACUUGCUUUCGGGUUUACAGGAGCUACGCGGACAAUGUCCAAGACACUGAAGAAGAAGAAGCACUGGUCCACCAAAGUGCAGGAGUGCACCGUGUCGUGGGGGGGUUCCGGGGAAUUGGUCGCGGUGGUUGAGGUGCGCGGCGGCGCCGAGCUGGGAGAGUUCCCGCACCUCGGACACAUAGUUUCGGAGGCGAUGGUUUGUCUCAGCGGGAGGUUGCCCGGCAGCGGGGACGUGCUGCUGGAGGUGAACGGCACUCCGGUGAGCGGACUCACCAACCGAGACACGCUGGCUGUCAUCCGACACUUUCGAGAGCCUGUCCGACUGAAGACUGUGAAACCAGGUAAGGUGUUGAAUCCUGAUUUGCGUCACUACCUCAGUCUGCAGUUUCAGAAAGGCUCCCUGGACCACAAGCUCCAGCAGGUGAUCAGGGACAACCUAUACCUGCGCACCAUUCCAUGUACCACUCGGCAGCCCAGAGAGGGGGAAGUUCCUGGUGUGGACUACAAUUUCAUUAGCGUGGGAGAAUUCCGUGAGCUGGAAGAAAGUGGACUUCUGCUGGAGAGUGGCACCUAUGAUGGAAACUACUAUGGAACCCCCAAGCCCCCGGCAGAGCCGAGCCCCGUGCAGCCGGACUUGGUGGACCAGGUUCUGUUUGACGAGGAGUUUGACACCGAGGUCCAGCGGAAACGCACGACCUCUGUCAGUAAAAUGGACAGAAAGGACAGUGCUGCACCGGAGGAGGAAGAGGAAGAAGAGAGGUCUCCGAUGGUCAACGGCCUGACUGAGCACAAGGACAAGGCGGAGUGGAGGAAGACGGUGCCCAGCUACAACCAGUCUGCUGGGGCCAUGGAUUUGCGUGUGUGGAACACACAGGAUGAAAGUCAGGAGCCCUUGCCUAAAAACUGGGAGAUGGCCUACACGGAGACUGGCAUGGUGUAUUUCAUAGAUCACAACAGCAAGACCACCACCUGGCUGGACCCCCGCCUCGCCAAGAAAGCCAAGCCUCCUGAGAAAUGCGAGGAAGGAGAGCUGCCCUAUGGCUGGGAGAAGAUCGAGGACCCACAGUAUGGAACCUACUAUGUAGACCACAUCAACCAGAAGACCCAGUUCGAGAAUCCCGUUCUGGAAGCAAAGAGGAAGUUGAGCGUGGACACACCUACUGCCCUACCGCAGCCACCAGCACCAGCCACAGAGGAGCCUGGUGUGGGAGUGCGGGGCUUCACACGGGAUCCAUCUCAGCUGCAGGGCUCUAUCCUGCAGACGUCGCUAAGAAAAAGCCCCCAGGGAUUUGGGUUCACCAUCAUCGGAGGAGACCGACCCGACGAGUUCCUUCAAGUCAAAAAUGUCCUCCCGGAUGGACCUGCUGCACAUGACAACAAGAUCAGCUCAGAAAAACUCAUGAUUGUUUCAGGUGACGUGAUCGUUGACAUCAAUCGGACGUGUGUGCUGGGGAAGACUCACGCUGACGUGGUGCAGAUGUUCCAGUCCAUCCCUAUCAACCAGUAUGUCGACAUGGUCCUGUGUCGGGGCUACCCCCUGCCUGAGGACUCCGGCAACAGUGAAGAGGUCUUAGGAGGCCCUGGCACCUCCAAGGACGCUUCCCCUUCCCCCUCCACCUCCACGCCACAGGAGCCUCAUUACACAGUCCCGGAUGGAGGAACUCUCUCCAGGCAGACUGCUGCCGUAGCACCCAUGACCAAUGGCGGCCGUCACCAUCACCAUUCUCAUCCCCAACAACACCACCACCACCACCUUCCUCACGUCCCCAAUCAAGAAGGCCCCGACCCUACUCUGUUACAGCCAGAGCUGGUGAGCGUCCCACUGGUGAAAGGCCCCACUGGGUUCGGCUUUGCCAUCGCGGAUUGCCCCCUGGGCCAGAAGGUGAAGAUGAUCCUGGACGCGCAGUGGUGCCGCGGCUUGCUGAAGGGCGAUGUCAUCAAGGAGAUCAACAGGCAGAAUGUCCAGACGUUGAGCCACUCCCAGGUGGUGGACAUCCUGAAGGACCUGCCUGUGGGCAGCGAGGUCAAUGUGCUGGUGCUUCGAGGAGGUCAGACAUCUCCUGUGAAAUCACUGAAACCGUGCACAGCUCCCGUGUCCCAAGCUCUGUCCCAGCCAACUCCUCAACAGGCACCUCAUGCUGUACCCCAUCAAGGCCCCCAGCCACAGCGACAGGAGGUGAUCAACAGCACAGAGGCUCUCAGUCAGCCGGAGACGACACCCAAUCCCAAUCCCAAUCCCAUCUCCUUCCCAGCCAACACCCUGCAUUCGUCCUCGCCCAAACCAGAUGGGUCUGAGCUCUACCUCAAGUCCAAGGCGUUGUUGGACAGCAAACCUGCUAAUACCAAGGACUUGGAUGUGUUCAUCAAAAGGAACCAGGAAUCGGGCUUUGGCUUCAGAGUCCUUGGAGGCGAGGGGCCAGAUCAGCCGGUUUACAUCGGCGCAAUUGUGCCGCUCGGUGCCGCUGAGAAAGACGGGCGCCUGCGGGCAGGAGACGAGCUUCUCUGUAUAGACGGUGUGCCAGUCAAGGGCAAAUCCCACAAGCAAGUGUUGGAGCUGAUGACCAACGCUGCCCGAAACGGCCAAGUCAUGCUCACAGUCCGCAGGAAGCUGGUGCACUCAGAUGGGGGUGAAGAGGAGGAGAGUGGUCAGCAGCCCCACCACGUUGCAUCUGCCCUGGUCAACAGCUCUCCCAAGAUGCCCGGUACCGAGCUGCCAAGUGCUGUCCAGCAAGCCCAUUCGUCUCGACCCGAGUGCUUUGACAUCACUCUGCAGCGCAAAGAUAACGAGGGCUUUGGUUUUGUCAUCCUGACCUCAAAGAACAAGCCCCCACCUGGAGUUAUACCUCACAAGAUUGGCCGCAUCAUUGAGGGCAGCCCCACGGACCGCUUAGGUCAGAUGAAGGUGGGAGACCGUAUCUCUGCAGUCAACGGUCAGUCCAUUAUGGAGCUGUCUCACAACGAUAUCGUCCAGCUCAUCAAGGAUGCCGGCAAUUCGGUCACGCUCACUGUUGUGCCUGAAGAUGACAGUGCUCCUCCAUCUGGAACAAAUUCAGCCAAGCAGAGCCCCUCAGCACAACACAGAGCUGUGGGCCAGCAGCCUCCCAGCUAUCCAGAAAGGAAUGGUGACGGUGAAGUGAAUAACUUUUUCCCACAAAGAGAGAUGGGUACACUCAUGACAUCUGGCCCUAAGCAGGGCUGUUUCGUGGUGGAGCUGGAGCGCAGCCAGCGAGGCUUUGGCUUCAGUUUGAGGGGGGGGAAAGAGUAUAACAUGGGACUGUUCAUACUGCGCCUCGCUGAGGAUGGACCUGCUCUUAAAGAUGGCAGGAUACAUGUUGGAGAUCAGAUAGUGGAGAUCAACGGCGAGGCCACACAGGGCAUCACACACACUCGGGCCAUUGAGCUAAUCCAAGCAGGAGGCAAUAAAGUUCAUCUUCUGCUCCGACCGGGGCAGGGCUUGGUCCCGGAUCACAGUUCAAAGGACAAAGUCACCAUUCAGUCAUCUCCAGCCUCUCCAUCCUCCGUCUCCUUCUCUACCUCAGAACUGUCCCCAUCUUCUCCCAAAAUAUCUGCCUCUGACGAGUUCACUGAGGGGGACCCGAGGGCAUCCGCAUCCCCUGGUGCUGCGCAGGAGCACGGUAGGCAGGCUAACAGAUCACGAGGUCAGCAGCUCCCACACCACAACCAUAAGCGCACCACUAGCCCCAGCACUCAGACCAGAAAAACAAGCAGGGGAGACUCCAAGUCUAGUAGUCCAAAAAGAGCAGCUGAAGGCUGGGCAGAUCAAGCAGAGCACUCCCAGAGCCCUAGAAGAACAGGGCAAGGCCACAGCGGAUCCUUGGAAGAUAUGAGCAAUGAGAGAAGAAUUCAAGGACAGAGAGACCACUACUCCUCUAGCCCCAGGAAGGGCUCCAAGAAGGAGUAUGACACUGUUGUGCCUUUGAAAAACCUGGAGGAGCCCCAGAGUCCUAGGCGUCCAGCAGGCCAACAGCCCAGCAUUCCCACUAGAGAAGGGAAGGACUGGAGGUACAAGGAGGAGGACGCAGCUUACUGGCAGCAGAGGGGUACAACAGAGAGUGGAGACAAAAGCAGGGUUUCCACUGAACUGCACAAGAAGGGCAAAAGGGCUGAGCACGAGGCAGUGGCCCAAAAAUCUCUCUCCCAAACACAGAGGGAAAGGCUGGGGUCAGAUGCUGAUAGUGGCACCCUAAACCGAAGGAGUGCACGAGAGAAGGGGGAUAAAGAGUAUUGGGAGAGUAAGUACCAUGGCCCAGUUGAUGAAGUGAAUAGAAAGGACCCCAGAGGUUCAAGCAGUAGCAUUCAGGACCCUAGCUGCAAUGGGACCACUACUAGCAAGAAGACUCCAAUCACCCCAGGCCCGUGGAAAGUUCCUAGCUCUGCCAAGAUCCAUUCUCAAGUGGACAUAACAUAUGCAGACGUCUGAUAUCUGUCCCUGCAUUUAUCAACAGAAAGCUGAGCCUCUAAAGUGUGGACAUCCACAAUGGAAUUAUCUUCUUUUUUUUCUUGAACAAAGCAAAUCACUGUGUAACCAGCAACAUAGCUUCUCAUUGCUUGUGAUUUUUUUUUUUUCUUCACCCAGUUUGCCUUGGUUAGUUUGCAUCAACCUGCUGAUGUACGUGCUCGUACUUACAUGAGUGAGAUGGAUGAUGUGUGUGUGUUUUAGAUUGUCUACUUUGUGCCAAUCACAGACUCUGGGAAACGAAGCUGCUCUGUGUUGCACUCACUGUGAGACUGUUUGUGGGUAAGUGAGUGAACUGCUCCUUCCGGCUACUCACAUCACAAUGAAGGAUCCAACUUUUUUUUUUUGUUAUUAUUCUUCUUCUUCGUCGUCACUUUAAAAGGUUUAAGGCACAUCCCUACAAUCACUCAUUUCCUCUUCCUGGCAAGACUAAGUCACUGUUGCUGUCACUGAUGCAUGUAUUUAAAAAAAAAAAAGAGGUUGGUGAAGUUCUAAGGUGGCUUCACUCUCUUCUGAUUUAUUUACAGUCUGUUCUUUGGGAGCCUGACUAGACUUGUGGAUUGCUAUAAAUUGUGUGUGUGUGUGUGUAUGCGUGUGCGACUUCAUUCACACACACUGAGACGCCCUGAUUUUAUUUGCUUAUCACAGGGUUGGCAUACACUAUCCAGGAGCUUCAUAUGCAUAAAUCAGCGGACCAGAUACUUGUGGUUAUAAUUCUAAUGUUUGUUACAUGUGUGAUGAUAAUAAAGCAUAAUGUAAUUUAUUGAAAUUAUACGUAAACAGAACCGUUUGUGCACAUACCCGUGCUGUCAUUUCACUUAAGAUGUGGAUUUUAAAUAUAGAAAUAGAAUGUGUAAAUGACCGCCACCAUGCGAAACAACAACACUGCAAACCUAUGCAUUCUAUUUCUAAUAUUACAUGUUCUGUAAACAUCAGCCUGAUCCAUAUGUUAUCUACUGUUAGCAGCUCUGUAUUUUUGCUCCUCUGGCUAUGUGUGUGUGUGUGUGUGUGUGUGCGUGUGUGUAUACAACUGGUAGACCGACUGGUAGACCUGUGUAUUUUCAAUAUUACUGUAGCAUCAACUAUAUUCAGAAACAUAUUAUUUAACAAAAAUGACUACACAUAUUGACACAUAAUUUAGAUGAGUUGAAUUGUCAGGGUUUGAUUGUAAUAAGUGAGACCUUUGCCUUCAACUUACUUAAACGUUUAAGAGAUAUUGGUAUUUUUAUCAUCAUUAAUGUAGGCACAAAAACAUAAUUCUCCUCACUCUAACCUCCAAAUCUAUUUUUGAUCUAUUUUUUUAUUUACAACAUGACCAAUAAUGUGAGAAACAAGUGCAUGUAUAUUUUUGCUUAGCUGUUAAUUAUUAACAACAUCAUGGCUGUCACUAUGGUGACAUAAACUAAAGCUAGACUCACAAAGAACGCAAUUCAUUUCCCACAUAUGGAAGGAAGGAAUUUGUGGUUGCACAUAUUGCAACAUGUGAAGAAUGGCUUGACUUCUUUUGUGGGAGUUCUAUUUGAAAUUCCUCUGUGAAGUUUAUCAAAUUGAAUUAAACAGGAGCUCAUAGGCUUCUUAAAAAACUAUAUAUAUUUAUUGGAAUCAGUUGUACCCUGCUCUGAAGAUGAAAUAUGUUGUCUCGAUGUUGUUAACGUGGAGUACAGAGACAUCUAGUGGUUGGUUGCUCAUCAGCCUGCCAGUGAAAGGAUGUACAGGAAUAACACUCGCAUCUUCUGGUCUGUGAGGCCACUUAUUAAUUUAUUGUCCACUUUAUUGUUGAAUAAUUAUUUACUGUUCAUUAUUAUGUAUGAUACCGUGGCCUUGCAUUGCUCCAAGAUAGAACAACAUUAUCUUAAUUUUAACAUCAUUGUAGUUUUAAAUGUUUAUAAAUUGUACAGCACCUGUAAAAAAAAAUAUUUGCCUUCAUGCAGAAAAGAAAAAUCCUCUGUAAAUUGUUUCAUUAUUUUUUUAAGGGAACUGAGAGGAAAUGAUAUAACAAUAAUGGGUGAAAACAAAUAAUCUGGUCAUGGCAUUCCGUUCAUGCACUGAUAAAUAAAGGUUUACUGAGAAAUACA